UUCCAUGUGAGGACAAGAGAGUCUUUCGAAAAUGCGAAUCGAGCAAAUGCACCACUUGCAGCACGCUUGAGACAAUUCAGCCAGAUACUUAAUGCGUUUGUUGGUGAAGUUGUGAGGUUCAGGAUCAGUGAUCUGGUUAAUCAAGACGGACGGAAGGUAAUUCAACUUUGCCCCUCCAAACCCUGCUAAAUGGUGUCCCCAAUCCGAGGGAAGUUGCACAUCCAUCCAUCAUCGUCGUCGUCUCCAAUAAGAUCAGUUGAGCUCUUGUAUCUAAGUGAAUGUUUAGUGGCACAGGACCCAGUUUCUCUAAACAUUUCAGUAGGACUUCAAUUGUGAGCGUUUGACACAGCAAUCACAUCUGAUUCGAACAAGAGAAAAAAAUCCGUGCUCGCGAAGAGGAGGUUCAUUCCAAUUGCUCUAUGAAUGCAAACAAUGAAGAAAGUUGGAAGUUUGAAGCAUAUCAUUCGAUCCCCCAAGACUUCUGAAGAGCUAGAGGAAGCUCAUGAAGUGCGGAAUGGAUUGAAUCGGAACCAGAGUUUCACCAAUGGCGAGAGGAAUUCAGUGUCCCCCAGGAAGAUCCUGGAUGAAUCAGACGGCUUCCACUUCCCCAAGACUCUUUCUAGUUUUCUUGGCAAGAGUUCUGGAACCUGGCGAAAGAAAAAAGACCGAAGUGUCUCCAUCUUGGCGUCUUGGAAGGAUGAGGAUGACGCCAAGGCCCAGAAAUCCACCCUGCCCCCGCCGAUGCCGCCCAUUGCCCCUACCCCCAGACUUAAAAGGGUGAAUUCUAGCACCAUGUCUCUAGGCACCAAUAAGAAGAGGAUAAUGACAUUAGAGGAGCUUUAUGUCGAGAUUUUGUACUCGAUUCUCCAUAUGAUUGGUUGUGAUGCGGAACGAGAAGAACAAACCCUGUUGAUCGAUCAUCUUAAAGAAGCCUUUCAUUUUGGGGAUGGCAAACACGCCCAAUUACUCGAUAUUGCCUGCAUGCGGGAGGAACCUUAUUUGAAAGCCAACUUGGAGAUUUUGGAGGCGCGAGGUCUCAUUGGGAAAGACAUGUCCGGCAGCAGCGAUCCAUUUUGCACCUUCUAUUUGACCACUAAUCCAUUAUCCCGCUUCAACACGAGUUACAAGGAGCGAACCUUGGACCCAAUUUGGAACGAAGAGUUCGUUUUGGAUGUAAAUAGCGUGGACAGCGACAGUCUGAGGAUUGAUAUCUGGGAUUUUAACCCCGAGGAGAAUGUGUCCGACAAAUUCCGCAAAAUAAACGAGAUCAAAGACGGACGAGGUCUUAGAAAGUUUAUCAAAGAAACGAUGAAUGCCUCGGCGGGGAAAACGACUCACGGACUCAUUGGCAGUGUGGAAAUCCCAUUAAGAGAUGUGCCCUCGGCAGGACUUCAUAGUUGGCUCGAGUUGGAGAAACCUGACAUGAAGUCCAAGAGCAAGAAGAAAAGAGGGGAAGUCAAUAUCAGUCUGGCUUUAUCCACGGAAAAGGACCAGCAUCUGACGUCCCAAGAGCAUAAACACCUCCUCAAAAUCCUCUUCGCACAUGAGCUCCAAAAUAAUCAUUGCGAACCUUUCACUUGGAACGGAACCUUCAGCAAAGAGUCUGUCACCAUCUUGGCUCAACAUGCGGUUCAGGGGAAAAUCACGGGAGCCGAAACGGCCUUGUCUCGAUGGUUGGUGUAUGCUCACACGCAUUGCGAUUUGCCUUUGGACUACCGGGUGUUUCAUCCCAUUUUGGAAAAGCUUCAUUACGCCAUCACCCAAAAUCUAUUCCACGUGGAUGACGAGGAAAACUUCAUUGAGACUGCGGUGAUCUUCACCCAUCAUGCGACCGAGUUCCUUCGAAAGCAUCGACAUUACAUGGCUAAUAACCCGGAGCUCACGCUUCAGGUAGAAUACAUUCUCAAAUGUUUGAGGCUGAUUUCCAAUGCCGUAGAAGGCAAGGAUCCGCCUCGGAACGAAAGAAAGAGCUUGGAUACGACAGAUUAUCGCCACUACAUGAACCUCAUCACCCCAGGAAACAUGAUUCUCAAGGUGACUGAGGCUAUUGGAGAGAGCUUCCAGCAUUGGUAUCGCUAUAUUGUAGACGCUCUCCCCAUUGAGAGUUCCCGGGCAUUACGAAUCAAGAACAUCACGGCCUUGGUUCGAACCUUGGUCACUGAUCUCAAGACCGAAUGCCGGGCGGUCCAUGAGCUCUUUUCCGAGAACCUCCAGAUUGAUUAUCUUCGCAUAGCGUUUGAUGUGUAUCAGAAUGAGCUCGUGGAGGUGGCCAAGGACCUAGUUGAGAGUACAUGUGACAAACUCCGGCCUAUAAUCUUCUCGGAAAACUCGGACAACAAUUACGUCAGUGACACCCUCGCAAUCGGCACCAGUCUAUUUGAGCUCUACUUGGCCUUGCAACAAAUGGCCGCUUUGGGGAAACAGAUCCAUGGAGAAAUCCCGGCCGUCGAAUUCAUGAACUGUCAUGCUUGGUUUAACAAGGCCGUGGCUCGUUGGCUGGACAUAGCUCUGUAUAAGGCCAUGGAACGGAUUAUUCGGGCCGUAGAAUUGGACAAUUUGGAGCCAGUUGAUGCCUUGGUUCAGCAUAGCUCAUCAGCUGUGGAUAUCCGGACGGUGCUUUUGCAGAUCAAAACGUUUUGGAAGGAGUUGAAUUGGCCGGAUGUGGAGGCGUCGUAUGCGUUCAUUUCAAAAAUCUUAGACGAUGUCUGCAAGACUUCAAUAUUUUAUGCGGAUCAUAUGUGUCGCCGAGUGACAUUGUCCCAGCAAAUUGAGAAGAAAGAUGGCAAAUACGAGAUCACGCCCAGCCUUUGUUUGGCCAUCAACAACAUUGACUACGUGCUGGAAUUCAUUCAACCGUUUGUGGCGGCCUUGGGCAUGGAGGAGACUCUGGAGAAGUUGGAAACCCUCAAUGGCGAAAUGGUGGCCAACUCAUGUCGGAGAACCCUACAGACGUUGGUCCAGAAUGCGGUGGAAAAUGUUGAAAACAAGAUCUUUGAGAUCUUGGACACGAUUGGUGAGAAAAUGGCGCCAGUGAUUCAAAAGUUCCUUGUUGAAGGCAGUGCUUUGGUGGCUUAUGCUGGCAGGGAUAAAGAGACUUUGAUCCAAUAUCUGGACAAAAAUAUGAUCAUCCUGAAGGAAAAAUUGAAUAACGCGAAUUUUGAGAAGGUCUUGUCCGUCAUUUGGGACAGCUCUGCCUUGAGUUUGUCAGAAACGAUUCAUCUUAGUAUUGAGCGCCAGAAACCGCCGAGCUAUUUCAAGACCUUGCUCGAUAUAUUGAAGAUCCUGAUCAAUUUUUUCUACGGGGACAAGAUUCCGAAUGACGAAACCCUUUUGAAGAUGACCAAUUUGUUGCAAACUUACGCGGCUGAUAGCAACGAGCUCAUCUCCAGGUACCAUUGGUCACGAUACCAGCAUCAGCAAGCCAUUCAAGAUGCUGACUGGCCCAUAGGAAGUCUCACAGUGAGAUGUCAGCUUCUCAAAGAGCACCUCAGAAUCGAGGUUCUGAACGCUCGCAAUUUGAAACCUCCCGACACUCAAACGGUUCGAAUCCAAUCGAAGCACUUUCCACCAAUCCGUAGCAGAUCUCACAACUCGAAUUUGUAUCGGUCCUCUAUGAAUUUGGAAUGGGUCAAGUCCAAGUUCAAGUCCAUCCGUGCCAAUCUACACGAGGCUAGCAUUCAGUUCCAUGCUCAAACACACGCCGGCCAAUGUGAUCCAUAUGUGAGUGUGAAAAUCGUCCCGGAGGGAAAGUUCUCGUUUGCGCCCAAGUUCAAGACCAAAGUUCAACGAAGGACACUCUUUCCUCUCUUUGACGAAACCUUUGACUUUGUCUUAGGACCCAACCAAUCGAACCGAUUCCAUGAUGCCUUCAUCCAGUUAACUAUAAAAGAUCGAGGGAUCCUUCCCGGGAACGACUUCUUCAUCGGAGAGACCCUCGUCCCAUUCUCGGAUAUUCAGAGAACGGGUCUCAACCAAAAAUUGUCAGAUUUACCUCAAAUACAACUUCCUUUAACCAAACCGGAAGAUUUGGAUUCUGACGUGAUCAUAGCUCUAGAGUCUCGAAAUUUUGAUCGUGUGGCCAAAAAUUUUCUACAAAAGGAACGGAAAAAGAUUUGAAAUCGAUGAAACAUGUGCGUCGAUUAUAAUCAGUGAAUAAUCGUAUCUGUGAUUUGGAAUAAACCAUACGCAUGCCGGAAAUUUACUAACGUGUGAAAAAAUCUAAGAAAAAGAUACAAUUUCAAAAUGUU